AAUGAACAAUUGCGGUAGGUCUGUACAGCGACCAUUUACGCCAGAGUUGGUAAGGUGGUCGCUUAGAUAAGGGACUUAUUAUCUAGUAGCCGUCACUAUGAACAGUUAGUUACUGUGUGGAUGACAUGUACAUUCUACUCCAGUUAGUUUUUAUCGUGCACGUGUUUCGUCUCGCGCACCCGUUGCCUAGCGACUGCAGUGCGCUCGAGAGUCAGGUGCUAGACGAGUUUGACCCGCUGCAAGUAUACAGUGCCAACCAUGAAAUCGCCCAGCACCAGCCUCCGAGGCGCGUACCGGACGUCUUACGGGCCAAGAAACCCAUUCCGACGCACCAUUUUGUGACGUCACAGCUAAAGGCCCAUCCAGAACCAAUGGUGUUGUGGCCUUAUUUUUCCACCAUGGACAGUAGCGGUAUCGUAUAUGACGCGUUCGAAUUCAAGCGUUUCUACGACCCGGAACGGACCGUGUACGCAGACGGUCAGUCCAUGCCGGAAGAGGGGAGGCCCUGGCACCGCAUACUAGAGCUUGGAACCAAUAUGUUCCAGAAAGUCAGCGGCCCCGACGGGAAUCCGCUGGGGAAUUUUGACGGUAAAUCCGGUGUUAAGGUAGGGAUCGCCAGUAGCUCGGAACCCCAGCUGCAGGCCUUCGGUGACCUUUAUGCCGAUUUCCUGUAUACCGGAAACGGUGGAACCAUGGAGGUUCCCCUUGUCCGGGGCUCGAUUCUCCUCACGCACAUUUUCACGAACGCUAACCCCGUUGUGACUCCUUACUGUCUGGACAACAUUAAUGGCGAAUCACACACCUUCGACUGUCCGUUGGCCCCUGCCAGUAAUGACGGCGGGAGCGGUUAUCUAAGCGCCACGUGUGCGGGUUCGAGUCUGGAGAUCACGCUACACAACACGAGGACCAUCAAGGAUCUCAGUCUCGUGCAGUGGGCGGCAAACACCGCCCUCGCGUACCCGGGCUCCCACGGGAUGAGCAACUGCAAUCCCUCGCAGUGCCGACUCGCUGAUGAAGGGAAAACCGUGCAUAUUACAGUACCGAACGCAUCCGGUCAAAUGUCAUUCGCCAUCAAUUACAUCGGACACUAUGUGCUUCCACCUGAUUGGACAAAUAAGCCGCAGCAGGUAACGUGCUCGUCCGGACGACGUGACUCAGAGCGGAAGAAUGCGCGUGCAACUGGAGACAUGGCUCUUCACGCGACAUGUGACAACAGAAACAACAUCGAGAUACGAGUGGACGUGGCGGGAAACAACGUUACCGGCAUAGAACCGGUAAAACUACAGAGAAAAUAUAUGAUCCAGUACGCUAUAGAACCAGAGUCAGGGUGGGGCAAUCCGCCGGCCAUGCGUCCGUGCGACCCCACCCACUGCACGAAACAGGGAAAUGUUAUCACCAUCAGAUACCACGCUACUUCUGAUCACCUCAAAUUUGCCAUCAAUAUUAUUUACUGGACAACGCUGCCGUUUCACAAUUGGAUUGAAAAACCACUGAGUAUCACCUGCGGCGCGAAUCAAGUCGUCAAUUAUGGCGGCACGGGCACUCCUUCCGGUAGCGGAACGACGGUUACACAACCUUCCGCCACUACGCAGACCCCGGUUGUGCAGACGACGAUUCAUACUUCCGGGACAUCGGGAACAUCCGGUCAGCUAUUGACGUCCGGAAAAAAGUUCGUUUUGGAGAUGAACGAACAAGGCAAAGAUCUUCCAAAUAAGACGAGAAAGUACGCCCUGUACUUCAGUAGUGAAGUAACGCCUCGUGUUAAUCAAGGUACGAUCUCGUUUUCCCCAAGAUCGGGCGGGACUUACAAUGGCAUCAUGCAGCUGGCAUACCUGGGGUCGGGCGCGAGAGGUCAUCAUGACAACGACAUAGUGUUUGACGCCUUCGUCGGCGUGUACCCUUACAAGCCUGUGACGUCAUACUGCGUCAGCGAGACGACACAGAAAGUGCACGCGCAAUUUCGUUGGCAGCCAAACAACCAGCACGCGGCGACCCCCACCUCAACACUGCUGAUGCUCAUGAUGCCCCACCACGCGCUCCUUCUGAAGAGCGCGCGAGGCACCGAUGUGCGGCAGACGGUGUUUGGAUUCGAGGCCCUGGAAGGCGACGUCUGGGACCUUACCAUGGACCUGCCCCGGGCCACCAUGGAACCCGACCCGACCGCAGUGGCCAGUCUCACAACCAAUCAGAGACAGGAAAUCGAGAACGCGCUUAUAAGCGACACUGUCAAUCAGAAUUUGGACGCUAUCUGUGCACACACAGACAGCUACAACGUCGGCAAGGCUAUUGGAAUGACGGCGCGUCUCGCUAGCGUCUCCCGGGCGCUAGGCACUCCGCACUUCCGGUCGCUGGAUACCUCAAUACAGAACUGCCUCGAAAAGUGGCUUCGGAUACAGGACACGCUGGACGACAUGUGGAAGUUCCAGUACGACGCCGUGUGGGGCGGCCUCUUCCUGCGAGCCACAUCCGGAAACCUGGAGUUCGGCGUCGACUACGGCUUCCCCUACUACAACGACCACCACUUCCACCUUGGCUACUUCAUCUACGCCGCGGCGUACUUUGUGAAAUACCAUCCGCAGUGGACCCAAACAAACAAACACCGGGUCUACCUGCUGGCACGGGACGUCAGCAACCUCAGCCAAUUGGACAGGUACUUCCCUGUGGCCCGGCAUAAGGACAUCUACACGGGUUUUUCUUGGGCGUCAGGUCUCGUGCCGGGAGUCAGACAGGAGGAGUCGGCUUCCGAGGGCAUAAACUGCUACCACGGCGUGGCGGCGCUAGGCGAGGCUCUCAACGACAAGCGUCUACAGCACACCGGGCAGGUCUUACUGGCCAUGGAGAUUCUGUCGGUUCGCGAGUACUGGCAGGUGCGCGCACAUAACCGGAACCACUUUCCACCAAUAAUUCAGGAAACGGGCGUCGUGGGAAUGAUCGGAGAAGACAGUUUCUAUGCUUACACGCUGAACUGGCCUUGCGACCCCAACGUGUUCCCGAUGCGCCACGCCUGCCUUGUGGGCAUUCAGGUGAUCCCCAUAACGGCCGUCUCCAAAUACUGGAUGGAUCAGGAGUGGGCAGCCUCCAUCCAGCGUUCGUGCACGGCGGCAAUCUUCCCGGAAGGCGAGCCUCAAUACGCCAUCGCCGACACGCAGGAGAAGUCGCGCCACCUCGACUCGGGCUGGGCGGCGUUCUGUUUCACGGCGAUGGCCCCGCUAGACGGCGCUCACCAGACGCAGGCGGCCAACUACGUCAAAAACAAGCGUCCACAGGAGCUCGUUGGGGGCACGAGCGCCGCGAGCACGCUGCUCUUCAUAUACGCCAGCACGUGACGCGCAAGAUUGCGGAAUCUGGUAUCCAACGUGCAUUAUCGAAAUCCUUUAAACAGAAUAAUAUUUGAAUAAUAAAUUACGUGUCUUAAAAAAG